AUGUUGGAAAGUCCCGUCACUCCUCCAACGUUUGUCUGCCGAGCUCGGACAAUAAGACCAGCUAGUCACAACUCAUCAGGGUGCAGGAAGCCAGGGGGGGUCGAUGACAGAGGGAGAGUUCAGCAGGAGUCUGCAGCUCCUCCAACAGUCAACCUCCUCACCUCCAGGAAACACCGGCGAGCUUGCACACGUGUGGUCUCCCUGUUUUGUGGGGAGUACCCAGCGUCAGGGCGCCAGGAGGAAGCAGGUGCCCACGACUUCAUUGUUUCCACAAAAGUAGCGAAAAACAAAACAAAAACCAGAGAGUGGAAAAAUGAAGAAGACGUGAUUCAUGGGGAGACGGAGCGCGGUAAUGAGGGGAAGGAAGUCCAGGGAGGAGAGAGGCUGAAGGAGGGAAGUGUGGCUGAGUUAACUUCACUGCAUGAGUUUAAAGAGUCUGUUUGGUCUGAUCUGCACUACAUUUACAGCUCAGUAUUAGUAGUUUCUUUUUUCUUUUACAUGAUAUUAAAUGACACACCAAACACCGAAGCUCAAAUUGAUACAAAAAGGUUUAAUUAA